UGUCCUCUCUUCCACUCCUCACUUCUGAACAGGUGACAAACCCUAGACUCGCUCAGACCUUAAAUUUGGCCCCCCUGGCUCACGGUAUCCUUCUCCCGCCUAACUCUCGUACACUCCUUCCCUGCCUCGCUGGAGCGUUCUCAUCCAUGGCGUCUCCCUCCUCAACGCUGAAAAAACCGACCGCUGUUCGACCAGGAAGAAUUAGGGUUCUGAAGGAGGGAUUGAGGCAGUCUGAUCGAGACGUGGGUCCUGUUGUCUACUGGAUGUUCAGAGAUCAACGGCUGAAAGAUAACUGGGCGUUGAUCCACGCCGUUGAUCAGGCGAACAAGGCCAAUGUCCCUGUAGCUGUGGCAUUCAAUCUGUUUGAUCAGUUCUUAGGCGCCAGAGCUAGGCAAUUAGGGUUUAUGUUGAGGGGUCUGAGAGAACUUCAUCGAAAUCUUGAAGAAAUGCUCCAAAUUCCAUUUUUCUUAUUUCAGGGAGAGGCUGUUGAAACAAUACCCAAUUUUCUGAAGGAUAGUGGGGCUUCACUUUUAGUUACAGAUUUCACGCCUUUAAGGGAAGUUGGCAGAUGGAAAGAGGAAAUUUGCAAGAGGGUGAGUGAUUCAGUGUCUGUACACGAAGUUGAUGCACACAACGUGGUUCCUGUUUGGGUGGCUUCUGAAAAAUUAGAAUAUAGUGCCAGGACUAUAAGGAGUAAGAUUAAUAAGUUACUGCCUGAAUAUCUUAUUGAUUUCCCACCACAACAACCUCCAAACAGAAAAUGGUUGUCCGUGGAUCGUUCCAUAAACUGGGACAGUCUUAUUGCUGAUGUUUUAAGGAAAGGGGCAGAAGUUCCUGAAAUUGAAUGGUGUGAACCAGGAGAACAUGCUGCAAUGGAAGUCUUGAUGGGAAGUAAAGAUGGGUUCUUGACAAAGAGAUUAAAUAACUAUUCUACAGAUAGGAACAAUCCUUUAAAACCCAGAGCACUCUCAGGUCUCUCCCCAUACCUUCAUUUUGGGCAGAUAUCUGCACAGCGAUGUGCCUUAGUGGCACGUAAUGUCCGAAAACUCAGUUCUCAGGCAGUUGAUGCAUUUUUGGAGGAGCUGAUUGUGCGUAGGGAACUUGCUGAUAACUUUUGCUUCUACCAGCAUCAUUACGAUUCGUUGCAGGGUGCAUGGGAAUGGGCACGGAAGACAUUGAUGGACCAUGCCUCUGAUAAACGAGAACACAUUUACACGAGGGAGCAGUUGGAGAAGGCACAAACUGCUGAUCCACUUUGGAAUGCUUCACAGUUGGAGAUGGUUCAUUUUGGGAAAAUGCAUGGUUUUAUGCGUAUGUAUUGGGCAAAAAAGAUUCUGGAAUGGACAUGUGGUCCUGAGGAAGCCCUUGCAACAUCAAUAUAUUUAAAUGACAAGUAUGAAAUAGAUGGGAGGGAUCCAAAUGGUUAUGUUGGCUGCAUGUGGUCAAUAUGUGGUGUUCACGACCAGGGUUGGCAAGAACGACCAAUCUUUGGGAAAAUACGCUAUAUGAACUAUGCAGGCUGCAAGAGGAAAUUUGAUGUUGAUGGAUACAUUGCAUAUGUUAAGAGGCUUGUUGGUGGAAGUAAGAAGAGGAAAACAGAAGCUUGAUCAGCAAAGCCACAAAGGAGCUCUACCGAUAAUACCUCGAGGUCUUGGAUUAGAUGCAGUGAAGUAGUGGAAACGACGUAGAAAGAUUUCUCUAGUUUGAGGCCAUCCUAAUUUGACAAGCGCAGAUUGGUGAGCUUGAAGGCAGAGGUUUGGAUCCAAUGAAGGAUUGAACUUCGUAGCUAACCAUAGUUUUUAGAUGUUGCUGGUCUCCCUGUGGCUCACAUUUAUGCUGCGGAAGUUGUGUUGCCCGCCACGGAUUGUCAACUGAUCCAUUUUUUUUUUUCCCCUUAAUUUGGACUUCUGUUAUUGGGGCUGACAGUAACGGUUCUUUCUCAUGAUUUGAUAUGCCUCUAAUGGAAAACUGCAAUCUCUGUUGAUAGACACUAGAAAUGUUUUUGGGAAUAGCAGGAACAUAUUGUUGGACCACAUGGUUUUCAAUCCAUUGGCUAAUAUGAUUCUAUACUCCAUUUAUUAA